AUGGCGUCCGACGGCCCCCCAGCCAAACGGCAAAAAAGCUCCAACCUGCCUCCGCAGCUGCGCGAUGCCAAGCGCAAGGACAUCGACAACUGGGAGACGAAUCGAAUGCUCACGUCGGGUGUGGCCCAGCGACGCGACUUUGAUGGCGAUUUUAUGCCCGAAGAUGAAGAAGCGACCCGUAUCCAUUUGCUGGUGCAUGACCUGCGCCCCCCGUUUCUCGAUGGCCGGACCAUCUUCACCAAGCAGCUGGAGCCCAUCUCCGCUGUCCGAGAUCCGCAGAGUGAUAUGGCGGUUUUCAGUCGGAAGGGGAGCAAAGUUGUCCGGGAUCGCCGUCAGCAGCGGGAGCGACAGAAACAGGCGCAGGAGGCCACGACGGUGGCGGGCACGACACUCGGAAACUUGAUGGGAGUCAAGGAAGAUGAGGGCGACAGCGCCGUGGCCAUGCCUGUGGAAGAUGCGUACAAGAGCGGAAACAAGUUUGCCAAGCAUAUGAAGAAGGAUGAAGGAGGCCAGAGCUCAUUCAGUAAGAGCAAGACGCUUCGGGAACAGAGAGAGUACCUGCCGGCGUUUGCGGUAAGGGAGGACCUGCUUCGAGUUAUACGCGAUAAUCAAGUAAUCGUGGUCGUCGGUGAGACGGGGUCCGGAAAGACUACGCAGCUGACGCAGUUCCUGCACGAGGACGGCUACUCGAAGUUUGGUCUGAUCGGGUGCACGCAGCCUCGCCGUGUAGCUGCGAUGAGUGUCGCGAAGCGUGUGAGCGAGGAAAUGGAAGUUGACCUGGGCGAUGAGGUUGGAUAUGCCAUCCGUUUCGAGGAUUGCACCAGCGACAAGACAGUGAUUAAGUACAUGACAGACGGUGUUCUUCUGCGAGAAUCGCUGGUCCAGUCGGAUCUGGACAAAUAUUCAUGUAUCAUCAUGGACGAAGCGCACGAGCGAGCUUUGAAUACGGAUGUCUUGAUGGGUCUUUUGAAGAAAGUCCUAGCUCGGCGACGAGAUCUGAAAUUGAUUGUCACCUCAGCUACCAUGAACGCCGAUCGUUUUUCGAGGUUCUACGGUGGCGCUCCCGAAUUUAUCAUACCAGGAAGGACGUUUCCCGUCGAUGUUCACUUUUCGCGAACCCCUUGCGAGGACUACGUCGAUAGUGCCGUGAAACAAGUACUGGCUAUCCACGUGUCGCAGGGCCCCGGCGAUAUCCUCGUGUUCAUGACCGGACAGGAGGAUAUUGAGGCCACCUGCGAGCUGGUUGACGAACGGCUUAAGAUGUUGAAUGAUCCGCCAAAGCUCAGCAUUCUGCCCAUUUACAGUCAAAUGCCAGCAGAGCAACAGGCGAAGAUUUUCGAGAAGGCCGAGGCGGGCGUGCGGAAAGUGAUCGUUGCGACAAACAUCGCCGAGACGAGUUUGACCGUCGAUGGUAUCAUGUAUGUCGUUGACGCAGGAUACUCCAAACUGAAGGUCUACAACCCGCGCAUGGGUAUGGACACACUCCAAAUCACGCCCAUUUCCCAAGCCAACGCCAACCAACGUUCUGGCAGAGCCGGUCGGACGGGACCUGGAAAAGCGUACCGUCUGUUCACCGAGGUGGCCUAUAAGAACGAACUCUACCUGCAAACAAUCCCGGAGAUUCAGCGAACCAGUCUUUCAAACACAGUACUGCUUCUCAAAUCGCUGGGUGUGAAGGACCUCUUGGAUUUCGAUUUCAUGGAUCCUCCUCCCCAAGAGACCAUCACAACGUCGCUAUUCGAGCUGUGGUCCCUAGGAGCGCUAGACAACCUCGGCGAUCUCACCCCAUUAGGACGUCAGAUGACGCCCUUCCCCAUGGACCCGCCACUUGCCAAAUUGUUAAUCACAGCGUCUGAGCAAUACGGCUGCAGCGAGGAAAUGCUAAGCAUCGUAUCCAUGCUCUCCGUGCCCAACGUAUUCUACCGCCCGAAGGAACGACAAGAAGAAUCCGACUCUGCGCGCGAAAAGUUCUUCGUUCCCGAAUCCGACCAUCUAACCCUCCUUCACGUAUACUCGCAAUGGAAGUCCAACGGCUACUCCGACGGCUGGUGUAUCAAGCACUUCCUCCACGCCAAGUCCCUGCGGCGCGCGCGCGAAGUCCGCGACCAGCUUCACGACAUCAUGAUCGCGCAGAAGAUGCCGCUCGUCAGCUGCGGCACCGACUGGGACGAGAUCCGCAAGUGCAUCUGCUCCGGCUUCUACCACCAGGCGGCCCGCGUCAAGGGUAUCGGCGAGUUCAUCAACCUCCGCACCAGUGUCACCAUGCAGCUGCACCCGACCAGUGCCCUGUACGGUCUCGGAUAUGUCCCCGAGUACGUCGUUUACCACGAGUUGAUCCUAACAAGCAAGGAGUACAUGUCCACCGUGACGGCAGUCGACCCUCACUGGCUCGCCGAACUAGGAGGCGUUUUCUACUCCGUCAAGGAAAAAGGUUACUCGCAGCGGGAGCGCCGUGUCACCGAACUAGAAUUCAACCGACGCAUGGAAAUCGAAACGCAGAUGGCCGCGGACCGCGAACGUGCCGCCGCAGACAAGCGACGCGAAGAAGAGCAGAACGACCCGUCUCGCCGCAGGAAGGAGAUCGAAGUAGGCGGCAGCAGUAGCAGUACUGGUUGCAGUCGUUCCGCUGUGCGACGUCCUGUCGUUGCCAAGCGGGGAGGCGGUGUCACGGCGUCGUCGUCACGGAAUGGUGUUACUGGAGGUGGUGGAAGCGUGGUCAAGAAGCCGCAGAUCAAGAGGAAACCUGGUCGUGCGUUCUAG